AUUGGUUAUAUAUAUGCUUAAUGUGUUUUAAUGUUGAGAACAUUCCAAGAUGGUGGGAUUAGAUAUUCCCACCAGAUUUUACAAAAUUUACAAGAUUACACAUUUCUUUCCUUCUUCCUGCUCCUUUUUCACUUUUUCAAGUGUUAUAAGACUUUGUAUUUUGAUGAAAUGAUGAAAUUAGUUUAAUCAAGUGAAUAAACUCAUUAAAGAUAAUGGGUUAAGUAUCACAAACUGAGGAACUCGAACAAUAAAAAGAAAAAACAAUUUAAUACCCAAUACCUGUGACGUAAACAUCAACCAGGCUUUCAAUCAGAAAAUAUGGCUGCAGUAGCAGAGAGAACAUCACUGGGACAAUUUUGAGCCAAAUAUUAAUGAAACAAGUUUACAUGAAAAUGUUAUAAUUUGCAUAGAAACAUAACAGUAUCACUCUUAGAGUCCAAUUUAUCUAGAAAAAAGGGACCCAGACAGGUCAGAGAUGGUUUCCUUUCCCUCUUGGGGCCCAUUUACAGCAAACAGUUGACCUACAUCAAACCACUGGGGCUCCAGACACACGGAUGAGAUUCAGUGUCUCUGCAAAAUUAUUUUGUCAUUUAGGUUGUGCAUUCAGGCAGACCUGGCGUUUAGGUCUUUGAAAAAAAGGGCUCCAGAGUAGAAAAUAUCCAUGCAAGUUUUUUGAAACAAUGUCGUAACAAUGAAAACUGCAUGCACUUCACCUCACAGAUAAGGUCUGCAACUUUCUGUGUAAUUAGAUGUUUUUUGUGAGGUUUAGUAGAAACGUUAUGGCCCCACCGAUUGACCCGGCAUGCUGCUCAGGAUCCUGUCAUGGACACACAUCUUAAUCAUUUACAAAAAUGUGCUAUGUUUAUCUCAGUGUGGAUUGCCCCUUUUGUAAUGAACACAGAACCAUUAUGAAUCCAACAGACUGGUGUCCAUUUCCAUAUGUUGUCUGGUUACCUGUUAAAAUCCCAUUAUUCAGGUUUCAUAAAUGCUGCUUUCAAUCAGUGUUCAAAAAUCCAAGAUCCAUUAAAAUGAUCAAUCCCAACAAGAUCCAUUUUACUGCUUAAUGAUUUUAAAAGGUGGUUAUGCUGCUGCGCACAAAUAUCAAACAGCAGCAGGUUUUCUGUUAAAAAAGCUGUUUGUGCAGUUUGUUCUGUGAACCUUCAUCUUCAGAAAGGAAACAUGAAUCUGACGCCCUUCAGUAGCCCCUGCAGCGCCUGCAGGAUCUUUGCUUCUCACAAAGGAAGUGAGAAGCGUGUUUUUCAGUCAGUCGACGGUCAGACAGGAUGCUGGUAACACCGUUCUGCCUGAUGCUGACCUGCCUUCAGGUCAUUCCUGACCGGUCCCAGUUCUUCCGCUACGACUCCAUCUCCCUGAGCUGCGAGGAUCCGAUCAACUCCACCGGCUGGAAGGUGAAGAGGAGAACCUCAGACAGCGGGGUCAGGCCAUGCUACUCCGGCUGGGGCUUCCCCUCCGCGGCCUCCACCUGCACCAUCGGUAACACCUACCCCACGGACACCGGGGUGUACUGGUGCGAGUCGGACACAGGGGAGCGAAGCAAUGAGGUCAACAUCACCAUAACCGAUCGCGCAGUGAUUCUGGAGAGUCCUGCCAUGCCGGUGUCAGAAGGAGCUGCUGUGGUUCUGUAUUGUAAAGCUGAGACUAACGCCUCCAAACACAAAUACAACUUCUUCAAAGAUGGCCACCUCAUCAGGAGCAACUGCUCAGGAGAGAUGACCCUUCUCAGCGCUUCCAAAUCCGAUGAGGGGCUCUACACCUGCAGCGCCGCAGGGCUUGGAGAAUCAGAAGGCAGCUGGCUGACGGUGUUCAGUGACCGAAACAAUCAACACGUCCAGCUCACUUCUCUGUCACCAACAUCUUCGGCUUUGCCCACAGCCUCAGUUUCAUUUCCUGGUUCCAGACUGUUGUGUCACCUGGUAGUGGGGAUACCUUACCUGCUGUCCACCAUCCUACUGGGACUCAUAUACAGAGACAGGAAGAGAGCUACUCAGAUAGAUGCAGACCAGAGGGAAAAUCUUGAUGUUAUCAUGGAAAGGAUUGUGUGAGUAAUCUCCAGAAGCUGCUGACCUCAGAGAAGAUGAUGUGUGUUCAACCAUAUCAGUUCAGAGACAUGUUUCCAGCAUCCAGAAAAAAAAAUCCAGAUUUCUUUGGUGCUCAAGUGGAUGUAUUUAUUUUAUGAUCAAA